UCAGCAUGGCAUGCACGCACAAAUUUUCGUUCGGCCAUUCCUGAAGCAGGCGGUGGAAGCGGCACAGCCGACAGCGGCGACUCAGGGAGCGCAACAGCCAGAUCAACUGCUGAACAUGAAAACACUGGAGGUCACAACCUCGAUGGCACAAGUGUUGUUGGGCCUCACAAUGUUGGGGGAUAACAUGAGCCACAUAGCGAAGGAGGCGAAGUGCAGCGGAAGCGCCGCAGUCAUCGACGUGGCAACAGUGGCUAUUGUUCUGGAGGCCAUGUUGCUCCUUUUCCUUGCCUUUUCUCUGAUGGACAUGAACACAAUUGAGGCCACAUCCUCUCUGGCACAAGUGUUGUUGGGCCUCACAAUGUUGGGUGAUAACAUCGGCCACAUAGCGAGGGAGGUAAAGUGUGGCGACAGCGUGGCAAUCAUUGGCCUGGCUGUUGUGGCAGUUAUUCUGGAGGUCCUCUUGCUGUUUUUCCUUGGCUACAUCUUGUGGAAAACACCAAGAAGCCAAAGGAGGACUACAAUUAUCAACAGGGCCUUCUUGGUCUGCGUCACCAUCCACAUGGUGUUGAGGGUGGUGAUCAUCGCCCUGGUCAGUGCACAACAUUGUCAGGUUCUUCUGUCACAAGGAUCUUAGCCAAUAAGUGUGUAGGAGGAGCAGGAGGAAGAGGGAUAAUGACCAAUAACACACACCUGAUUUGUGCAUAAUUAUGAUGUCAGCUUAUAGAUAGAGCAGCCGCUAGGUGGGUGUUAGACAUUCUCUCACAAUUCACCAUGGCAUCCGAUCACACAAUAAUUUUCGUUCAGCCAAAGGUGGUGCAGGACAAGAGUGGAGGAAGGGUGUCAACCGACCAAACUGGGCAGCCGUUUCCACCCGUCAGCAACUGCAGUGAGAUGAGUUACUUCCCGAUGCGGUGAAGCAGGCUGUGGAUGCGUCACAGCCGGCAGCG